UAUCGUUGGUAUUUAGAUCGUGACAGCUGUUUCAGUGUCAGUGUUUUCCGAAAAAUUAAAUAAAAAACAAUUUAAAAAUUAAAUAAAGAAAAUUGUAAAAAAAAACUUUACUAAAACCACCUCAAAUCACGCAAAUUUCACACAAAAAAAUGGCUACGGAUAUUUUAACAAGACAAAGUGUCAUAAUUGGUGCAUUUUCCACUGUCAUAAGUCUGAUAUGCCUGCUAAGGGAAAGCCUGGACUUAUGGGACAAUUGGGAAUGGAAAGAUACGGAAGACUUGGAUGAACACUAUGGCAACAUUAUGCUUUAUGGUACAGUCUCCCUAUUCUCUAUUUUUCUUAUUUGGGGUGUACACAAGAGACGGCAUCUUCUAAUGGCACCUUGGUUGUUGUGCAGCUUUGCCUUGGUUGGAAUUUACAUCUAUGCGCUAGCGUGUAACUUCAAACAUUUGCCAUUGGUUCGCGUGGAAACUUUGGCCGUAUAUUUAGCGACUAUUGGUGCUCAAAUCCUUAUUUUGUAUACUCUGUGUUCUUUGUUUUCUCAAAUAAGACACGAAAGGAGUGAAGAGCAGAAAGCUAAACGAAAUAACUAUCGCAAGAUUUAAAAAAGUCGCUGAAUUUAGAAAAACAAAAAAAACAAAAUUUAAAUCGAAUUUAUGACACGAAAAACGAGCUAUUUGAACAUGGUCCAAAUGCCAUGUAAGCGAUACUUACACCAAUACAUGUAUAUCUGGAAUUUUGGGAAAAAAAAACUGAAAUGGAACUCAUUGACUUUUAGUCGAUCAAAAGUUUAUUUUCAUAGUAUUGGUUUACGGGACCGAGGGCCCAUAAGCAAUAAUGACUGUCCACAGACUUCUUGAGCUUUGGAAUGACAUUAUUGGAUAUAAGCCCUCAUUAUAUGGAAACAAAAAUACAAUAUAUAUAAAGCAUAACCUAUAUAAGAGGCAUCAACACUUUACAACUUUACUUCAAAAUUUGGAAAUCACCAAACGAAAAGUGAUUGUUUGGUGUGUAGUCCUGAAAUUACAUUUCAAUAAGGCAAUAAAAUAUACAUAUUUAUACCAAUAGAGGCAAUAAUGUAGCUUGUAAUUUAUUAAUACAUAUAUGUAAUUAGUAUGACUUAAAUAAAAACUUCAAUUUUAAACUACUAAAA